AUGAUUUGGCUGGUCCUCAGCUCGCUUCCGGGCGCCUGGAGCGAUGCAUUCGUGAAGGUGGUGAAUGGCCGCUGCGGGGAGUUCGUGGGCGUGUACCCCAUGGGCCACGCCGGAGGCAAUUGGACCAGUGACUUGGAUAUUUGGGCGCGCCAGUGGUGUCAGCGCCGGAGUUGGUGUGUGGGCUUCAUGCGUUUCAUCGCAGAGGACUCCGAGCACUGCGAGGAGUGGUGCGGACGGCCGCAGUUUUGUAAAGACACCAGCUUGACGACCAGCGAGGAGUGGGUCUCCUACCUCCGCGCGCCCGCGCUGAGGCGUUUGCAAGAGGAACAGGUGCAAGCUGAAGAUGAGGAUCUACCGCUCUGGGCGAAGCCCCAAAGCCUCUCAUGUGCCUAUCCGCACGAGGGCACGAACGUCCACCUUUGGGAGGAGGUCCCCCCGGUGGAGGCUUUGCAGAUCUUUGGUGGCGUGGAGGGUUGCCGGGUGCUUCAUCACCAGCAGCACAUGGGAGAGGGAGCCAUCGAAGAGGUGGGCUCAUUUUUUGAUGGAGUGCUCUCCGAGACGGAGCACUUCGUGCGGUUCUUCUCCGCAAGCACGGGCGGCGACGUGGUCCCGCGCGGCGCCGAGCGGCCCUGGAUCUUCCACUUCGAUCCCCUGGAGUACAUUGGAGAGACCGUGCUGGGUGGGCACACGAUCAUCGGCCCGAAGCGCCACUACCUCUCGAUCUUCUUCACCUCCGCAGACGCGGCCUGUGAUGGCAAGAACAAGAGCCAAUGGACCUUUGAGGAGACCAGCCAAGCGCUCCCAGGCCAUGUCUACGUGGAGGACGGGACGUUGGAGACGCGUCGCGACGCCUUCGUGAACUACCACUUCAGCGUCAUUUGCAUGGCCGGAGCUGCUCCGGCCUCGCUGCUGCCGCAGGCGGUGGUGGACGCGGUGGGCUUCGGUUGCCACCCGCUGGUGCCCACGGCUUAUCAUGAGAGGCUUCAGAGGGUCUUCUUCCAUUUGCCGGAUGCAGUGCAGCCCUUCAUUCGGAUGCAUCCCUUGAUCCUGGAGACCUACCUGGAUGACAUGUACAACAACCCCGAAAAGAACGAUGCGAUGUACUACAAGCAAACCUUCCUCUUCCUGAUGAUGGAUCUCUUCAGGUAUCGCUAUCGGCAAGACCGCUCGCUUCGUCUCAAGAGCUUCGCCUGCGCCUUGUGCCACCAGCGGGCCGGUGCAGACGCGCGGGACGAGGCGGUGUCGGUGGACACUGACGAGGCACUUUCUGCCGCUCACAUCAUCACAGCCUUCUGCCUGAUGAGCCGGCGCUCAGGCCAUGCCUUGCGGGAGGCCAUCCGGAAGACGUGGGCUCAGCGGCUAGGACCCGGUUCCACCUUGCGGUUCUUUGUGGGGCGGCAGGCAGAGGGCGGCGCCGUGGCGGGCGCCGGGCUGGUGGACUGGGACGCGGAGGACCUCGUGACCUUGGACGCUCCGGAGUCCUAUGAGGCCGUGACGCUGAAGGCCAUGUCGAUGCUCCAUUGGGCCAGAGAGCACUUCCCACGGCUGCGGUAUUUGAUCCGCGCCGACGACGACGUCUACCUGCGCCCGGCGCCGUUGCUGCGGCAGCUGCACCGGCGGCCGCCGGUAGGAUAUUUGUGGGGCAAUUUCGACAGCGGCUCCACAGUGGUGCGGGACGAGACCCAUCCGCAUUACAAUUCCGAGGAGCAGCUGCCGAUCAGGGAUCAUCCCAUGUUCGGGGACAUCUUCCCACCGUACGUGCGUGGGCAUUUGUGGGCGAUGUCCCACGAUCUGCUGACGCACGUGGCGGAUUGGUGGGCGGAGCAGCUGGACGCGCUGGGCGAGGCGGUGUCCUUGGAGCUGGCCAAGCGCUUGCCUCAUCCGGACGAUCCCGCGCUGGGCGUGGCCAUUGCCCAGUUGGUGGACAGAGGUCUCCUCAGUGUCGCAGUGGACGACCGAGAUUUGAACCACUUCGCCUUGAACCCCUCGUGCAACGCGACGUACCUCAACAUCCACAAUCGGACCUGGGUGGUGCACCACGUCACGCCCCAGGCCAUGGAGUGCUUCUGGUCCAUCGAUGAGCAGUUCGACCCGCUGGAACUACCGGAUUUGUGCGCUUGUUCCAUGGAGGUGGUAGAGGAGAAGUCAGGCAAUGAGGACGACGACGACUUCGACUAUCCGCGCCAUCGCUUCAACGAGUAG